CAAUGAAUAGAGACUAAUUUGGUGAAAAUAAAGAGAGAACGUAACGUACGUGGCUGCUCUAUGCCUAUAUAACAUACCCCAAGAGAGUCGUGUCCUAGUGUGUUUAAGUAAAGUGAGGGAGAAGCAAAGAGAGCAGAGAGAGAGAGAGAGAAAGAGAGAUCAAGAUGAGAGGAUCUUAUCAGAAUAUUCUACUGGUGGUUCUGGUGGUUGCAGCCACAGCACGAGGUGAAGAGACUGGUGGGUUCGUGACAUGGGGAAACAACUACUACCUUACAUGGGGACAUCAAGCUUUGGUUAUUAAUGAAACCUCUGAGCUCCGCCUUACCCUCGACCAUAACUCUGGUUCCGGGUUUGAAUCCCAGUUGAUAUACGGAUCAGGAUACUUCAACGUAAGAAUCAAGGCACCCCAAACCAAGUCUACGGGAGUCAUUACUUCCUUCUACUUAAUCUCCCGUUCAAGCCGUCAUGACGAGCUCUGUUUCCAGAUUUUGGGAAGGAAUGGGCCACCGUAUUUUCUGAAUACAAAUAUGUAUCUGUACGGGGAAGGAGGCAAAGAUCAGAGGUUCCGUCUCUGGUUUGAUCCAACCAAAGAUUUCCAUUCCUACAGUUUUCUUUGGAACCCAAAUCAACUUGUGUUUUAUGUUGAUGGUACACCGAUCAGAGUGUACAGGAAGAAUCCAGAUGUUUACUACCCAUCGGUACAGACAAUGUUCCUAAUGGGAAGUGUGAAGAACGGAUCGAAAAUUGGCCCCAAGCAGAUACCAUACAUUGCUAAGUUCCAGGCAUCAAAGAUUGAAGGGUGUCAAACUGAGUUCAUGGGGAUAGAGAAAUGCACUGACCCUUCGUUCUGGUGGAAUCGCAAACAGCUAAGUUCUAAAGAGAAGGAACUGUAUAUAAAUGCAAGGAAGAUGUACCUGGAUUAUGACUAUUGCUCUGACAGACAGCGAUAUCCAAAGGUGCCUCAAGAAUGCGCAAGUUACAGUUAGAGAAAGAUCAGUACCUGUCAAAGGGUUAAGCCUGGAAAACAAAAAUCUUGAAAAGAGAUAACUUAUGUAUGUUACCAUGCUUUAUUGAUAAGCUGUUCUUAUCAUUUAAUCAUUAACUAAACUAGCAAGUCUGUUGCCAUCGCUGCUAGUUCCAUUCCUGUGUCACGAGUUCAUAUAUAGAUACACAUUUACACAGAACCAA